AUUGAGGUUGCUUUAUUCUCAGUAGUAAAACAGUUGGAAAGCAAUUCCAGGUUCUAAACUUCUAAUUCCCAUCCAUAGACAUCAACCAACUUACCCCUUUUUUUGAGAAACAACCAACUUACCCUUAUGGGUAGGAAUAAAUGACUAAAGGAAUUCUAGUAGGUAGCCCAGAAACCCGAAUAAAUCCUCAUUGAACAGCCAUCACCAACCUUUCGCAAUAGUGUUUUUUUUUAGAACUGAAUAUUUUAUUUACAGAAGUUAACCCUCAUAAGAAAUAUACCGGAGGAGAUGAUGAGCGCCGUCUACUACCGGAUGGAGAGAGCCUCCGGGCCCCACUUGUGGGGGCUCCGACUCAACGGCCUCUUAUCUUCUUCGCAUUCUUCGCCUUCAUCACCUUCGCCUCUUUCGCUUCGCUCUUCUGCCGCCGCCGCCGACCUACCCGACUCCAACGCCGCCAAGCAGCCCUUCGUCAUCGGUGUUUCUGGAGGUACGGCUUCCGGUAAGACCACUGUGUGCGACAUGAUCAUCCAGCAGCUUCACGAUCAACGCGUCGUUCUUGUCAAUCAGGAUUCAUUUUACCGUGGUUUGACACCUGAGGAGUCUGAACGAGUCCAUGAGUAUAAUUUUGAUCAUCCUGAUGCAUUUGACACCGAACAGAUGUUAGAAUGUGUUCAAAAGCUGAAGUGCGGGCAGUCUGUCCAUGUUCCAAUUUAUGAUUUUAAGAUACAUCGACGCUGUUCUGAUACUUUUCGGCAGGUGAAUACUUCUGAUGUCAUCAUCUUGGAGGGAAUUCUGGUUUUCCAUGACCAGCGCGUCCAUAAUUUGAUGAACAGGUUUGAUUUCCUCAGUCUAGUUUCUUCUGUCACUUUUCAUAAUUAGCUAUGUUUUUUGCACUUUUGCAUGGCAUCCUUAUUUAGGUUCUCACACGUACCAUGUGGUCUUGAUAUGUCAAAUUACAUGGUUUUAUAGAGUCUAGAAAGAUUUGCUUCUGCAAUCAAAUAUGAAAAGAAAAUAUAUAAAUAUAUUUAUGAAACCUGGAUAAGAAAAGGCAUGGAACUCCAGAGCUGACUUGUAAGUUCUCAUACUGCCUAUCGAUGUUAAGGUUGCUAAUUUGUAAACUACUGCCUAAUAGAAACCAUGGUGGCAUAGGCGCUUGGAUGGUUAAUGAUACUUUUUAUUCUUAGCCAAGCCAUAUAGAAUAUCUUCAUUGUUUUUUUUAUUUUUAUUUUUUUUCAAAUUUCAAAUAAUACUCUUAUCAGCUUGUAGGUUUUUACAAAAAAAAAUAUAUAUAUAAUAAUAAAAAAAAAAUUCCUUUUAUAAAAGUAGUACACAUUUUCUUUAGUAUCUCAUCUACCCUAACCUUUUAUUUUUAAAACUUCUGAAACGAAAAUAAAAAUAUGUGAAUGGCUAUGCCAAAAGCUAUAUGCACUACUCAAAAUCAGCCUAACCUUUUCAUUUCUCUUUUUUUAUUUUGAAAAAUAUAAAUAAGUAAAGAAUCUCUUUGUAUGUGUGCUCUCUGAAUGUGUGCUGUCUCCUUGUUUGCCCUUCAGAUGCUGAUGUCAGACUUGUAAGACCUUAUUGAACUAGACAUCAGCUUUUUCUGUUAAGUUGACAUUGUGAGGAGUUUUGGAGUUCAGUUUGUAACAUCAGUGAGUUAAAUAAAGUAGUAAUCGAAAAUGAUUUUAUUUAAUGCAAUCUGUUUUGAAUUUGAAAUUCAAAUUGUGUGAUCAUCCAUAUCAAUCUUUAUCAGACAAAUAAAGAGGUUAUUUGACAGUUUCUUGAUGGAAGAAACUGUCUCAACUGUUUUGCUGAUAUAAAGGGAUUGUCAGUCUGUAUUGAUCCCUGCAAGAACACCAUAACUCAUAUUCUUUUGUCCCAUCACAAAAUUGAGACUAAAGGUUGGAUCUUGGAGAAGAGCAAUGGACACAGGCACUUCA